AUGGCCGACACGGUGCCUUCGACCGCCCAGAGCGGCCACAAGCAACUAUUUGGCGCUUGGCUCGACUUCAAUGGUGCCAGCCGCUCCAAUAUUGAGCUGAGCGCCUACAAGCUCAUCCUUGAGGCGCAUCCAGAAUACCACACCACCCGCAUUGAAGUGGGCAAGUGCGAUCUCAUGGGCUUUGCCAAAGCCGGCCACGCCACCGCUGCCCAAGACCGAGAUGACGGCCUGUACGAUGGCGUCCGAGCCUAUUACAAUACGGCCAAAUCCAAAGACGGGACCGGAAAGAAACUCGUAAACGGCUACCUCUCUGACCAGGUCUACUUCUCCAAAUGGCGCUACACCUGGGACGGCCUCGACUACCUGAUCUACACAAUCGCAUACAACGACGCCUACGGCCGCUAUACCAAUAUGAACUUCGUCCUGGCCCCCCACUCUGAGGAGCUGGUCAAGGACGGCGUGCACGCCAACACGGACAAGCUGUUGAUUGCCGCAGGCAAGUGGACCAAGGACCUGCACGACGAGAUCUACGUUUUUGAUGACUCGUCGUGGGGCAAGAGCAAUGAGCUGUGGAGGAGCGUUCAGGGUGCGACUUGGGAAGACGUGAUUCUCGAGCCCGCCUUGAAACACAACCUUACCAAGGACGUGCUCAAUUUCUUCGACAACCACGACAUCUACAAGUCCAUGACGGUGCCUUGGAAGCGCGGCAUCAUCCUGCAUGGAGUUCCGGGUAACGGCAAGACCAUCACCAUCAAGGCCCUCAUCAACUCUCUAGCUGCUCGCUCGGUCCCGAUUCCGUCUCUCUACGUUAAAUCCUUCGAUAGCUGCAACGGCGCCAAGUGGUCCAUCGAGAAGAUCUUUUCACACGCGCGAAAGAUGGCUCCCUGCCUACUCAUCUUUGAAGACCUCGACAGCCUGGUCGAGGAAAAGACGCGUAGCUACUUCCUUAACGAAGUCGACGGGCUCGAGUCCAAUGAGGGCAUUCUCAUGAUCGGCAGCACGAACCACCUCGAGCGCCUCGACGCGUCCAUCACCAAGCGCCCUAGCCGCUUCGACCGCAAGUACCACUUCAAGGUGCCCAACGAGGCCCCGCGGGCCGCCUACGCGCGCUUCUGGCACCGCAAGUUCGCCAGCAAGCCCGACGCCGUCGACUUCCCCGACGAGAUCUGCGACAUCGUGGCCAAGCUGACCGAAGGAUUCAGCUUCGCUUACAUGCAGGAGCUGUUCAUGGCCUCGCUGCUGGAGCUCUCUCACGGCGACGACGGCGGGUACCUGGAAGAGGAGGAGGUCCCCAGCAGCAGCGACAGCGGAUCGACCACCGAUGCCGUGGUCGUUGAGCAUCCGUCCAAGGCCGAGGAUAGCGACGCCGACAGCGACGAGGAAGACGGUGAGGGCAAGGACGAGGGAGAGAACGAUAAGGAUGAGGAUAAAAAGAAGGAAAAGAAGAAAGCGGCCCCACCCAAGCCUAAGCGCGUCAUACCCUCCGUGGAAGUCCCUGACCACUUGCAGGACAACCGGUUCCUGAGGGUCCUCACGAAACAGGCAAAGAUCCUGCUGGAGCAGAUGGACAACACCGAGGACGAGCCGGAGGCGGCCGGUUUAAAUGUAAAGGGCGAAAGGGCUGUUGUUGCCACAAGAAGAUCAAAGGCCGUCCGGAUUACUCGUCGUGCCAGAGCGUAA